CAAAUUAGAUCCUUGAAAUGAAGACUGAGGAUCCAUUCGAAGCAGUAUGUGUGGACAAGUUAUCGCUUUCAUUCACUUGUCGAACGUGUCUAAACACCGACUCUGACCAACAGUUGGUUUCGAUCUUCGAAGACACUGAAUCCAGUGGUAAAUUAUUGGUCGAUUUGUUCAAUAAAUUGUCGCUACUGAAACUGAAGAUUGCGAAAGACGAUGGAUAUCCGGCAAAUAUUUGCAGUAUUUGCAUGGAACGGUUACUGGCUGUCGAUGCUUUCCGAAAGCAAUGCGAAAAAGCUCAAGAGUAUCUCGAGCAUUACUUCGUGAAGCUUCCCGAAAAUGUUCCAGAUAUCAAGCCGGACUUACUAGUCUGCUGUGUUAAAGAUUCGGAGAUUUUGAACGAUUCUAAGAAUAUUGAACCACCAGAAGAUGGUGAAAAUGAGAAUCGAAAUGAUGUUUCAUUUGAAAGUGAAGAAUCGUCAUCGGAAUAUAAGCCAGAAGGUGAAGAAUCAUCGUUGGAAAACGAGGAAAAUCCUUUAAAAGACAAUGAUAAGCUAAAAUGUUCUGUAUGUGAUAAAAUUUUCCGAACCGUCGCCAUCAGAAAUAAUCAUCUAUAUUUGCAUAGUGAAGUGAAUGCAUUCCCUUGUGAUGAAUGCGAGAUGUCCUUCAAAUGCAGGCGCUAUCUGAGAAAACAUAAGAAAAUGGUUCACUCAGUUGGCGAUUAUAAUUGUCCUAUGUGUGGAAAAAAAUUUACACGCACUUCCAAAUACGAGUAUCAUCUUAAGACGCACGACACGGAAAAAAAGUUCAAAUGCCGCCACUGUGACAAGUCCUUUAUUCAGCACACCCAUAGGAAGAAUCAUGAGUUGACUCACAUGGCAAAGCGACAAAGGCCUCCCUCCUAUCUGUGUAAUAUUUGUGGAAAAAGCUUUCGCUACGAAUGUACCCUUAAAACGCAUCUAAAAAAACAUGAAGGGACCCGAAAGUAUGCUUGUGAUAUUUGUAAUAAACAGUUCGCACAGAAAGGUAAUCUAAAACUACACCUUGCCAUCCACAAUAACAUUCGGGCUUAUCAGUGUGAGCAGUGUGGCAAGAAAUUCAUCCAACAAGGCGCACUCAAGUCACAUAUGAUUCUACACAACGCGGAAAAGUCGCACCAUUGUGAAUUCUGUAACGAAUCGUUUCUGAGAAUCCGAGAUCUGAGGCGACAUAAUUUGAUGGUCCACGGUAAGACAGAUGUAAGCAUACGGUUUGAACAAUCUUUGCUGGAAAACGAAGGUACUGUUGAAAUGGUUCCAAUGAAGGUGGAAGAGAAGCCUUCCAAAAAGACCAAUGAUUUUCCGUACGGUUGUGAUUUGUGUAGCAGAACGUUUAAAGUGCCGUCAUCGUUGGCGAGACAUAUCAAGGUUCACAGCGAAGAGAGAAAAUUCGACUGCACUGAAUGCGGAAAUACUUUCAAGACGCUAGCAAAUUUAAAAAAUCACAUCAACGGGGUACAUCUGAAGCGGAAACCGUACAGCUGCGAGGUGUGUAACAAAUCAUUUGCUCGGGUGGGUGACCGGAACGUUCACACGCGUACACAUUCGGACGAGAAACCACACCAAUGCUCUUUCUGCGGAAGGGGCUUCAACUUGGCCAAGGCACUUCGGGCUCAUGUGCGGAAACAUACGGGAGAAAGGCCAUUCGUGUGCAUCAUUUGCAAUGCCGGCUUCACCUGUCACAAAACUCUUGCUUGUAGCUCACACCCGGAGGCAACACGCGGAAAAUCCACAGGUUCUCGGAAAGGUAGACGAGUUAACACAGACGGUGUUGUUUGCAACUUCAUCUGCUGUGGUAGGAGAUGGGGCCUCAACGAUGGUAACUAAAUCGGAGACUUGUUAAAAUGGUUAAAUUACAUGCGCGAAACUAUAAUGACAUACACAAGGGAUAUGUUUUUAUCCGAACGACCCUUGGAGAACAGGUCUAUAAAACUAUUGAUUGUGAGUUUCAUAUUUAAUAAUUCACUAGAAAAUUUUCAUUCGAUCGAAAGUAA